GUUGUGCGCGGCCUGCGUGAUGGAUUACCGGACGGCCGGUGAGCUGACGGGCGUACAGGCCGACAAGGGCCAAUCGUACGUCACCGUCAUCCCAGUCGAGUACGCCCGCAGGAUGCCGGCAGGCCACGGAUUCCUCGACGACAGAUACUCCAGGGAGUACAUGCGAGACCGGCUGCCACCGGAGUACCUGGUACGCGAGUACAAGAAGGUCUCCCGCUAUGAGGAGAUGCGGUACUACGGCGGGGGCGGCGGCGGGGGCGGGGGCGGUCCGCCCCUCUCCUCCUCCCGCCCCCAGCCGCCGCUCUCCAGUUACGACCUGGGCGGUCUGGGCGGGGGCGGGGGCGGGGGCGGCAGCCGGCGGCGGUUCGAGCAGCUCGACCCUCGGGUCCAGUGUUACCCGCUGUCCAACACAUUGGGUCGGAGGAAGCCGGAGCACAAGAUCCGCGACCCUCUGGACGUGCACGAUGUCCAGCUGAGCCACUACAAGUCGUCUCAUCCGCACCACGCGGCGACGCUGCACCACGGGGCCAGUAUGCACUCCUCGCGCACCCCUCAGCACAGCUUACAGUCGCACAUGGUACCGCCUCACAGUCAGCAGCAGCUGCUGGGACCGCCGCACAGCAGCCAGGGCCAGCACAUGAGCCAGGCGCACUCGGCCCAGCAGCUGCACUCGGCGCAGCAGAUGGAUCCGCGCUCCAACCAGCACCCUGGCCAGCAGCAGGCCGGUCAGCAGCACCCGAACCAGCACUCGAGUCAGCAGCAUCAGAUGCAGCAGCUGUCCGGCCAGUCCCACCCCGGUCAGCACCCCGGUCAGCAUCCUAGUCAGCAUCCUAGUCAACACCCUAGUCAACAUCCUAGUCAGCAUCCUAGUCAGCACCCUGGGCAGCACCCAAAUCAGCACCCCGGACAGCACCCUGGCCAGCACCCAUCCCAGCAGCACGUGCCUCCCGGAGCCCGCUACGAUCCUCUGAAACAUCAGCGGCUCUACGACAAAGGUCUCUACGCCGACAUGAUGAAGGAAAAGCACGACAAGACCAUCUACAACGAGCGGAUGCGGGAGACCCACUCGGAGCCCAGCGUGCUGGGUCUGCACGCGCACGGCCGGCGCACGCCACCGUCGUUCGCUCCUCCGUCUGUGAGCAUGCCGCCGCCGCUGCCGGUCAGUGUGCCGCCGCCGCUGCCGCCGACUCAAAUCCUGCCACCGCCAGCCGGCUACCAGAACCAGCCGACCAAGAGGCCGCCGAGUCCCGCACCGCCGGCCCUGACCGCCCAGCAGGCCGGGCCCAUACCGGGGAAGAGCCACGCACCCACACCCAGCAGGAGGAAGAAAAAAGUGGCGCCACUGGAGGUGUGCGUGUACCUGAUGUCGCAGCAGGCGGUCCGGCUGCAGGCUGACGACGGAGCAGAGCUGACGGCCACCCAGCUGCAGCAGUGUGUCCUGGAGGAGGAGGACCUGGGCCUGCCGCCGCUGGCCGCCCAGGUGUUCGGAAUCUGGAUGACGUCGUCACAUCUUGAGAUCCAGCUCAAGCCGCACCACAAGCCGUUCCACAUACGCCGCGAGUGGCGCACCCUGCUCAGCAAGUACUCCUCGGCCGACGAGGAGCAGAUCCUCAAAGACGAACCCAUCGUCUCCUUUCAGCGCAACGUCUUCUUCUCAAAGAAGGACGAAAUGAAAAUACGAGACCCGAGAGUCCUGGAGCUGUUGUACGAAGAGGCCAAGUUCAACAUCCUCGAGGGUCGCUAUCCGUGCGAGGCCAGCGACUAUGACAUGCUGGCCGGUCUGCAGGCGCGACUCGAGCUGGGGGCCUUCGACGCAGAGAUACACACGCCAGACUUCUUCAGGUCUCACAUCUCCGAGUACCUCCCAGACCACGUCAUCAGCCACAGCUGGUCCCUCAUCAGCAAGAUCGGAGGCAAAGCCAGCGCCGAGGCACGCAUCAUCGAACAGUUCCGCAGCAUACCGAGCGGUGCCACGCGCCGCAAACUCGUGCGCAAGUACCUCGAGUUCUGCUGGUCGCUGCCGUACUACGGUAGCGCGUUCUUCCACAGUCAGGUGGAGCAGCCGACUCGGUCUGUGCUCUCGGUGUUCUACCGGCCCGACGUGCCCGUGCUGGUCUCCAUCAACGGACACGGCGUGUAUGUGAUGGACAAGGUGGCCAGGACGGUGCUCUUGGGCCUGAGUUACGACGAGCUGGCCUGGGACUUUGCGCGGCCGUGCCAGGAGAACAUCAGGGACUGCAUGCCGUGCAUCUUCCUUCAGUUUCAGGCGGUCGAGUACGGCAUGCGCGUGUCCAAGGUGCUGCAGGUGUUCUCCAAACAGUCGGCUCUCAUGGACGCGCUCAUCUCUUCAUGCGUGGAGGAGAUCAAGCGGCGAACGCUGCGCUACGGCGACGAAAUGGACGCACCUCUGUUCGACGCGUCCGACGUCGACGACGCCCUUGUGCCGCUGACGACAGUGACCCGUCGAGAGAUGCCCGACAGUUGCCUGAGCAACAAGCUGCACCGCCUGACGUUAGCGACGUUCAAUGAGGAUGGCGAGUGUAUCAAGAAAAUGGGCUCGUGGUCGUUCAGCAAGUAGCAGUCAUGGAGAUGGGAGGACGAGGGGGGCUGGAUUUGAAAGGGCUCGAAGCAGCCCCAUGAAACCGAUCAAUACUUAUAUGAAGGAUUACCGAAAUCUCAGAAGCAUUACACAUAUACACCAAUGACUGCCUCGGAACCGCAGCUGUGCCUGUUUUGCGGUGCGAGUCUGUGGGGCUCCUCGCCGCUCGUUUCUCGGUACCAAUGUCACAGUCGGGUCCGCUGGUCACUACUGGGUCGGCGGCUCACUGCAGCACGGUCUUAUCUGCUACACCUGCCCGGCUGGACGUGGCCGACGCUCAUUGGCCGGAGCGUCCGAUGGGAGACUGAGAUUUGCCUGUCGUGAGUUCGAGAAUGGGUUUAUAUGGUGAAUGGUGUUGUCAGGAACGGCAGUGACUGCAGUAUGCAUGAUGACCCUUGAGGCUAUUCGAUUCGAUGUCAGCAUUCAACCCACUGUGAUGCAUCUAUGUUUCUAAAUUUUCCCAAAAUGGGCUUCAGCCUUCACAUAUGCAUAAUUACAUUGUUAUAUUUACACGCAUUAUAUCCAUGGGUGAAAAGGGAAACUUGAAUAUUGCGUAAAAAUACUUACACUUUUCGGACUUUCUAUUUACUUCUACCUCUUUUGAGUCCUAGGUAUAUAUUAGUUGCAUGUAGGUAUGCAAUCAAUUUCAAUUGACGAUUUCUUCCGGCAUAAUAUAAAUUUAUGUCGCCGCAAAUAACUUUUUUCAUAAUGGCAUUACCUACCAGCAAAAUUUCAGUCAUAUCUGUAAUUGUGUUUAUUGUUGUUUCGAGAGAAGCAGUGUGCUAGGUGCGUGAUAUGUCAUGGAUGCAUGCCUGACGGUGAUUGGAAGAGCAGAUAAUGUGAACACAUAAUGAAGAUGCUGUAAAUACUCGUUUAUGCUCGUGUGCAACGCUAGUCCCUUAGUAAUGUAUGUCAUACAAUAUGUUGAACGCAAAUACACUUGUAUUACAAACCAAUA